CGUACCCACUUCACACCACCUUCACCACAAGAGUUCUAAAAGGUUCUGCCUCUUUUAGCUCAUCCCUCCUCCGCCUCUCAACCAUUCUCACUUAACUUGUACUUGCAUGGCAGUGAGCUUCUUGAGGUACGAGGUAUCCGACCUCUGUCUAGCCAAGCCGGCCCUGAGGUCCCUCUCUGCCUCCGCCACCGUCGCCGAUGCCUUGGAGGCCCUGAAGACCUCCGACGACAACUUCAUCAGCGUCUGGGACUGCAACCACUCCAAACCCAAGUCCCUAGACGGCGUUGGUGGUGGUGGUGGCGGCCAGCUCUGCCGCUGCGUUGGCAAGGUCUGCAUGGUUGAUGUCAUCUGCUAUCUCAGCAAAGAUGACAGCUUGACGUCUCCAUCCGCCGCUCUCAAGGCACCUGUCUCUGAGAUUUUAACCAAAGUUCCUGGCCAUGUUAUGCACGUGGAACCUUCCUGCAGCCUGCAAGCAGCCAUUGAUUUGAUCCUCGAGGGAGUCCAGAACUUGGUGGUCCCAAUCAGAACCAGAAGCAAUUCGAGAAGAAAACAGCACCCAAAACCCAUCUCCGCCACCUCCGCCACCACUAUCCACAACGGCCAAGAGUUCUGCUGGCUAACACAUGAAGAUGUGAUCAGAUUCCUCCUCAGCUCAAUUGGGCUCUUCUCCCCUCUGCCAGCCAUGUCCAUAGACUCCCUUGGCAUCAUCAGCACCGACAUCCUUGCCAUCAACUACCACUCCUCCGCCAGCUCCGCACUCCAGCUCAUAUCCCGCUCUCUCUCCCAGCAGACCUCGGUGGCGGUUGUCGACACCGAUGGGGUCCUUAUUGGAGAGAUCUCACCCUUCACCCUUGCCUGCUGUGAUGAGUCAGUGGCUGCCGCCAUCACCACCCUCUCAGCAGGGGACCUCAUGUCCUAUAUUGACUGUGGUGGGCCCCCUGAGCACCUGGUAAAAACUGUGAUGCAGAGGUUGAAGGAGAGGAAGCUGCAGGGGGUGCUGGAGAAUUACUCUCUGAGCUCAUCAAGUAGCUAUGCACAUGCAUUGAUGAUGACAUCAUCUUCUUCCUCCGACGAGGAGUCAUCGGUGUCUCCGAACACGGCUCUGCGGCCGACUAGGUCCGGGAGGUACACCCGGUCGAGCAGCUACUCGGCGAGAAUGGUGAGGAGGGCGGAGGCCAUUGUCUGCCACCCGAAAAGCUCACUGGUUGCUGUGAUGAUUCAGGCAAUUGCUCACAGAGUAAACUAUGUGUGGGUUAUUGAGGAUGAUUGUAGCUUGGUGGGAAUUGUCACUUUUUCUGGGAUGCUGGAAGUUUUCAGAGAACAUUUGGAAACCAUGGGUUAGAAAGUAGGAAGGGCCUGCCUCCGCCCGGCCCCUGACAUUGUAUCAUUGGAUCGAGACGUCACGGAUCAUUGGAGAUCUGAAGGAUGUAGGGGGUGUAUUUUCUAGAAAUGUUUUCUGGGAGGAGUUUGUAAGUGUACAAGUUUUGGUUUUGAUCAUAAAAUGAGGUCGGAAUGAAUAAAACCAUGGGGUAAAAAAAAAUAUGAAAAAAAAAAAAAAAAAAUUGAGGUAGUGAUGUGAAUAGGAGGGGGAAUCUUGUGCUCUGAAUUUCAAAGUUUGGUUUUGUAAUGUUUUUGGCACUCGGAGUUUGUAUGAUAUCUGAAAUGUGAUCUUUUCUUCUUUUUACAA